AAGCAUCUAAAUUACCUAGAAAACGUGUUUAAGUUCCUGGGUAAAAACCCUUCUCACUUUAAAAAAAUUGACGACUUAAACGAGUGGUAUCAGGAUAAAAUAAACGAUUCCAAGAGUUAGAAAGGAACGGACAUUUUUAUAUACAUCAUAGGAAAAAGGAAGAAUUGAAGGCAGCGAGCCGCUGACAGGUAAUGAGCAACGAGACAAAAGAUGUGAGUUGAAUCUUAGCUCCGAUCCUCUUGUAGCACGGACUGUAGGCUUUCGAUCGAAUCGCCGAAAGUGAACUCCUGUAACUCUGUUUUUAAUCAUUGAUUUAAUAACUGACCGAAAUUUUCUUUGUAAAGGCCUUCAGUUAUGUCUUUGUAUUUCACUUUAAACGUUCGAUCGAGCUUUUUGUUAUGGUAACUAUUUUAGACAUCGCAGACAUUUUAUACGAGUAGACAUCGUAUAAACUUAAUUUCAUUUCAGUUGCACACCUUUUUAGAAAUUGAAAAAAGACAAAUUUAACGACAGACAAAGAAAAACAAAGCAAAUAUCCUGAUAAUAGAAUUACCAAAGGAAAUUGAACUUAAAGGAAAGCCUUCUUUAGAAACAGUGACAUAAUUGAAUGAGAUAUCAACAGACCUAAAAACCGUGACGGAUUUAUUCAAAAUAAGUCCAAAGGUUGUUUUGUUAUGUCAUUGAAAAAUGGAAUUUGUAUUUCGUAGAUUUCAGCUUCCUCUUUCGCUCUUACCAGCGUCUAGUUCUCAAUUUGCGUUGGUCAUCAGUCUCAGGAGAUAAAGCGCGGAGUAAGCAGAUACAUGAAACCGGAAAUGCUAUUUAUAACCGGCUGUCUCGACUAGAGGAUUCGGAUACAAAUUAACAUGUUCUGAAGUUUGAAAAGUCUAGAACUCCAAAAAAAGUUCCCACGCACAGUAUUUGUAUUUACAGAAAUAUCUUAUAGACAAGAAAGCCACUUACGCCAAAUCUAUCUUGAAACACUUGAUUCAAACGUCACCCGGGCAUGCGCAUUUUUUCAAGUUAUGCAUGGGAAAGUGACAGAGAGCAAAGUGGAUUUAUUUUACUGAGGUCAGACGCGUUCAGAUGGUGGAACGUGGUGGGCUGUGUUUCGCCCGCACUCUAAUAUCUGAACGCCUGGACCAUGCUAAGGUCAGAGCAAUGGAGACGGUCCUCCUUUUCCCACGGUAAAUUCCCAAGUCCUGGGGGGACAUAGAGUGACGGAAAGGGGGCCAAAAUGGGAUAACUGUUACCUGAAAAUUGAUCUCAAUCACAGAUUACAGAUUUUUUUUAUCUGAUGGCGAUAGUUGUGAUCUGUGAGCCAAAUAAUUAAACGAUAGCAGAGAAAGUCGAGAAAUGGGCUAACAAUCUUUCGCAAAGUCGAGCUGCAACACCAUGCAAAUCUUCUGAAGAGGGAUUCCUUUACAGUGACUUGACAGGACCGAGAAACGAGUGCAGUUGACUUAAGCAGAAGAAUAAAGACCAUAGCAUAAACUGACCUGCUCUAUGAUGAUAGAACCAACAUCUUAUGGAUGAUAUCUUGAGCAGAAGGGCACCGACAUAUCGCAAUCUACAGCUAAAAGGAAAAACAUUACGUGAAAAUAACAGCCAUAAGCCUGAAAGAUAUUAGCUUGCGAAUAAGGCCGCCUCUCGUCGCUAGGCACGUUUGGUGAAACGGGGAAAGAUAAAAGGCGGUUGUCUUCGCGAUAUUUCUUUCAACACCUGCAAUUGCUCAUUCUAUGGCAGUCAACCCUCGGUGAAUUUUUUUAGCUAUUGUUUAGAAAGGGUAGUCGCAAAAAAUAAAAGGUCGGAUCUUAUAGGACAAGAAGACAUGAACGAUGUUAAAGAUGAGACAUCACAUUAAAAUAAACAGUUGUAGAGUGUCCACUUGCACACUCUUCGAUCGAGUACAGAUGCAUCGAAACUAAAUGACCUUUUUUAAGAUUUCUUCUUGCUUUUAGGAAAAGCCACUCCUGAUGUACCCAAGGCUACUUUCAAGUGGAAAACCACGUGAAACUGGUGCCACCAGAAUAUGUUACUCUAGGGAAACAAUCCUCGCCCUUAACCCUAAUAGGGAAAGGAACGGCAUCGGAACAGGAACAGCUGGAACAGGGAGGCAUGGUAGUGGCUUUGGAAGAGGGGAAGGCAGAGGAGGAGGAAAAAGGGGACGUGAAGAAGACGGAGCACAGGGGCACAAUCCCCUCCUUGCCGUUAACCCUAAUAGGGAAAGGAAUGGCAUCGGAACAGGAACAGCAGGAAGAGGGGGACAUGGUAGUGGCUUUGGAAGAGGGGAAGGCAGAGGAGGAGGAGGAAGAAGUGGACGUGAAGAAGACGGAGCACAGGGGCACAAUCCCCGUCAGAUAAGGCUGGGAUUCAAAGCACUUCAGGAACUGGACACUAAAACCCCGGACGAAAUCAUUCUGGAUUUGAUGUCAAGCAGACGUUUCCCAGCUACCGAGUUUUUACUGACCCAGCAAUCAGCCAUGAAGGAUGACUGGAUUGUACUAACAGUGAGUAUCGUUGCCAAAGCCUGCGGUUGUAAUUCCAAGGAGUACUUAAUUAAGCUACUAAACCUUCUGCCUAAAUCUCUUUUCUUCACUUCACAUCUAAGAACAUUCCUCAACAGGCUGUCCGCUUGCCGCAUGCCUGCCACGGAAGUAGCUACGUUUCUAAGAAAUGUUCUGAGAAUAAUGAAGGAGUUGCUUCGAAUAUUUCCGAAUUCAUACGCCGACCUUCCAGUGUCUGAGUUGUAUUGUGGAAUUAGGAUCUUUUCUGACACACAACAGCCUGAUGGUGCCUUAGUGGCAGAAGGAGAGGAACUGAUGCAGCUGAGGAAUCAAAAGGCAGAUGAGCUGAAAAAACAGGAGGAAGAAAACCAAUACAGAAGGAGACCACGUAGAGAUGGUGAGGGAGCAUGAAAGUGAAGAUGAAUAAGAUUUAUACUACUAUUUAUUUUACUAGUACAUUUAUACUACUACAUGAGAAAUUUCUGCAAUUUGAUUGGCCUAGAACAGUGGUAUUUCAACUUAAUUUGAAAUACCUACAUAUGGAAAUUACAAAACCUUUGCGGAUAGUAGUAUAAACAAAUAAUAGGACGAUUUGUAGGUGAUUUUUGGCAUAAAUAGCACUCGUGACAUUUGUCUCCUAGCGGCUCGGGAAACUACGUAUAACAAUUUUGAAAUAUCACUCGUGGUAUUUAUGCCAAAUAUCGCUACAAAUCAUACUAUUUCCUAUACUAACAUAAAAAGGUGGUUGUAUUUGAGAAGGUCAAAGAAUCUUUAGUAUAUGGCGCUGGACGAGAGCAAAUUUACGAUGCUCAAGGCAGGAGUCAAACUAUUUGCAUUUGAGACUUUGCUUUAUGUAGUCUUAUGUGCGGUCGUCCGCGCAACUUUGAAAAAUAAAUAAGGCUGGAUGCAGCAAACCUCAGCUUGUGUGAAGCAACCGCGCAGCGCCAAGCUCCAAGCACCUCUUUUGUCCUCUGAGCUGAAAGAUACGUAGAUUAAAAGACUACCUCGUUACCGAAUUCGCCUUAUAAUGCAUUAUUAUCAUUAAGUAAGCAUGUGAAUGACUUCCAACUCCUUUUAUAAAUUACUGUCCAAAACACAGUUUACAAAAGAUGACUUUAUAAUGGCGGCUUUUGUUUCCUUUCACGCCCAAAAAUAGGUCCCAAAAAAUUGUUUCUAAAUGUGGCCACACAUCAAUUUUUUUGUAAUUUUCGGUUAUAGCUGGAGAGAAUGAUGAUGUAGAUCCACCAGAUAAUUUCCGUGAGUACAGCGUUAUACCAACGCAGCAGGACAUCUUGAAAGGAGAACGUCCCUUCCUCAGAAGGAACAAAACUGAUGGGAGCUACAAUGAUGCAGAACAUUAUUUGGACGUGCAAUUUCGUCUCCUUCGUGAAGACUUCGUAAGGCCGCUACGUGAAGGAAUUGCUAAGCUGUUAGAGCGCAUUGGCUCUGCCAAGAUUGGUGCCCUUCAAGACAUCCGCGUGUACAAAGAUGUCCGACUGUUAUACCCUAUAUGUACGACGGACGGACUUCGGUACAGGAUUAAAUUUGAUAACACCAGGUUAAGAAAUGUGCGCUGGGAGAACAGCAAACGAUUGAUCUUUGGUUCGCUGAUGUGUCUUUCUAAGGACAAGUUUGAAAGUUUUGUGUUUGCUACCAUAGCAAAUCGCGAUGCUAAAGAAUUAAAACAGGUAUUAAAGCUCUCUUUUUUUUUCCACAAAGUUUUGAUCCUCGCAUUCUGCCUAAUAUCAACGUUAAAUAAUAACAAAACAUCUAGAAGAUCAUGUCAUUUUUGCGACCCUGGUAUGUUUUCGAUGUGAGGAAUAUACUUUAAUUGUCUCUACAUAAACCGAUCAAAGCAAAACAGGAUCAAACUUUCAAGUUCUUUUUUUCCAAAGACAAGUUGUCAGUCUGGCUUGACAAAAGCGUGUUUGAGUAAAGACGUUUUUGAGUGACACAAGUCAACUGGAACUGGACUUUUUGCAUUCUUGGGGAGUGGUUUUGCUCUCAUUUUCGGGCAAAUCGUCCCUAUAAGAGUACACACUUAGCGAUACAAAUUUUGGCAGCGUCAAGGUCUUUAAAAUUCUUACUUCCGGUUGACGUGUGUUGCUCAAAAACGCCUUUGCUUAAGCACCCAUUGCCUGAUCACUCCCUUUCUUACACGUUAAGAAUUUUAUCGAGAAAUUUCUGCCAUUUGCACUUAUUUUUCCUGUGUAGGGUAUAGUGGACAUACAGUUCAUCAAUCUUUCUGAUUAUGUAAGACUUGAAGAAGGAGACGUGUUUCAGAUGGUAGAAAGCACUGUGUACUUUGAAGCCUAUCGUCAUAUACUGGAGGGACUCAAGGAGGUGGAUCCCAGACGUCUGCCGUUGCAGGUUUGAAGCGCACUUCUUUCAUAACCCGAGAGAGCAAAUCACUCUAUUCACUUUAAAGGCAAUUCUCCUUCAAGCAACAAUAGAUAGGUUCUUUUAAGUGAUGACUACCGGGCUUACGAUUUUGGAGGUGCGCAUGUGUUGUAGUCAACCAAGAGAGAAUGAGAUUCACAAUUGGGUCAACUUAUAGCUUGGCCCGCAUUAAAUCUGAUGUGAGGUUUAUUAGUUUUUCCACAGUUUGAGUUAGUAAUUCUCUAGUUAGCCGUUAAUAGACAGUGAUGAAGACUGUCCUGCGAUGCUUUUAUCAAAACAGAAGUACAUUGUAAACUGUGAGAAAGAAGUUGACCCACCAGCCUACUUGAGGAACAGAUACCGGGGAAGAGUAACUUUUGACCUCACACCCAUUAUGAAGAAGCAGACCGGAAAUUCAACUUCCAGGUAUGAGAAAAAAUUAUUGCGCGCUUCUAAUCUCCAAGAUGACAUUACACAUGCGCGGUACUUAUGGAAAAGCAUUCGUUCGGACUUCCGCUAAGAAUGAUUGGAGUGCAUAGAACGCAACCUGAUGACGCGUGUUUUGACUACUGGAGCAGGAUUACCUCAUGUAGGGAAAUAUAUGAAAUGACUUAUAUUUUGAACUCAGGUCAGUCAGUAGAGCACUUGACUGGAGAGCGGGAGGUCGCCGGUUCGAUUCUCGGGGCAGUACAAUCCUCGGGGUCUUAAAACAAGUGAGAAAUGAAGGUACUUCCUUUGCCCUGCAAAUGGCUAGACCUUUGCGUGCCUCGGAUGACCACGUAAAAUGGCGGUCCCGUCUCCACGUGUAGACGUAUAAGUAGUGUCCCCAAUAGUACUUUUGUGUUCAAUACAUUGAAUGUCAAAUAAAGUGCUUUUUUAUCACUUGAAACUUACGCAAAGCACCAGCGAUGGAGCAGCCUUCGAUUUCAUGCCUGAAACACCUUGCAUGGAUCUUGACCGCACCUCCUGACCUUUAUUGACGGUUUUACAAGGAAAAGAAUUAUUUUCCUUUCUGUGCUUGUAAAGUUCACCUUGAACUUGAAGUUUCACAUCUUGGACUUAAAGUUACAAAAAAUUCAAGGCCUUAAAAGUCCACUCUGCAUUUGGUGUGUACAAAAACUUGUUAAUUUAAGAUAAUGAGUGCGAAUGUGUAAAAGUUCCAUAAAAAGGUGUGACUGUGUGAUUUACACGCAGCGCUCAUGAAUCACAUGACCUUGCUUUUGUCAAGAAAAGACUUUUGCUCUUUAAUUGAAGUUAGAGUUCGUAGUUGACAAAAGUAAACAAAGCCAACUGAAACACCUUUAAACUGUAAUUGGAUAAUGAGUACAUUAACAAGAAUCUACUGCACAGGGACUCUGGUGCUAUUAGCGAGAAGGGAAAAUGUAAGACCAUUACCACAAUACUUGACUAUACUUGACGGUUUUGUUCGAUUCGGUUUUUGCAGUUCCUAUCUAACACAGUUGAGGGCACGACUCGCCGGGUUGAAUCUCCAAGAUGACUCUUGCAGGGGUAAGUAUAACGCAUUUUCAGAUACCUUAAUUUUGUAAUGGAUAUAUAUACUCCUGGAAAGGCCUGUGCAUUAUAUGAAUAACUAGACUGAGAGCCGUCUCUUGCUUUCCUUUUGAGACACAGUAGAUCACGAGCUCAAGUGAUUCCCGCACAAUUUUACUUUUUCCCUCGCCACGCGUGGGUGUGAGGAAAGAGGGACGACCGCUUGCGGUCUAAUGAAUCACCAAUCAGCAACCUCUACAAGACUGGCUUUCCUUUAUCCCGCUGGGUUACGAUGAAUAAUUUCGCGGAACUAAACCACUUGAAACCUAGAACCCUCAAAGAGUUUACUGGCAUAAAAUGCAAAAUUUCUAACAGACAGAGAUUGAUGUUAAAAGAAAAGCGCAAAAUAAGCCUAAAGAAUCCCUACGACAUGUUCUUUGCUCCUUUCCACUUCCUCAUUUAUACAUUUAUACAUAUCAAAAACGCCGUACUCAUAGGCUUACCGCCAUAAAGAGGCAACCAAGAGACAUCUAUUUAAGAUGCACAGGGCAGUGGAAACCCAGAUUUUAAGUCCACCCAUAGACGGGGUACACAUUUAGAGCAGCAAUAUUUCUCACUACAUCUGCUCCCGCCUUAGAAAUGACGUUUAUUUGGUUAUGACUUUUUAAAACUUCGCGAAAAACGUUAUAGGGAGGGUUAAGCACCGAACAUAGUGAUUAGUGUUAAGCGCCGAUAAUAGUGAUUAGGCCAAAGCGCUGACUCGAAAUGGCUACCUUUCCUUUACUCUUAGGUUUGUCGCUAUAGCAGUCGAAUCCAGUCGGUUUCUAGGACCGCGGCUUCGAAUCUCGCUUAUCCCACAUUCAAGCUCCGUUUUUUUUUCUAAAACAAUUGAUAGAAAUUUCAUGCAAGUGAAGCUAGACGGCAAGGGGUCAACGACAUGUUUCCCAGAUUUCCCAAUACCACCUUGGGCGCUUGCUGAAACAGAAUUACCCAAGACCACCGUGCACGCAUGCAGAAAAAUUAACCGGGACCACUUUGCGCGCCUAGCUUCUUUAAAUCGAGAAGAUAUCGAGCAUAUUACCAAUACCGCGAAAAAACGAUACUUCUUUACGCGGGGGAAGUUAGGAUGCCUCCCCAGGUUACGGCCUCUGGGCCGCAACUCUGCGGGGGCAAUAAGAAAGCAGUCGAACUUUAGAAUUGACAUAUGUCCUGAAAUGCACGCAACAACGAAAAUGGCCAUUGCCCCCAUUUCUGGACAUAAGUGACAUAAUCGAAAUGAUUUGUCUGCACCCACAACAUAAGAACACGUUUCUCCUCUCCAAAGGAAGCGACGUUCCAAUUCUGAGUCUAGCCUACUGGCCGUCCGCGAAAGAUCUGGAACUAGACGACUCCCAGUACAGGGCAUUACAGAUGGCGCUGACCAAAGAGUUCGCGGUCAUUCAAGGACCACCAGGCACUGGGAAGACAUACAUUGGACUAAAAGUAUGGGAAAACGUCCAAAAAUAGUUAAAAACAUGGUCUCCAACAGACCUCUUGCUGGUCGAAAUGAUUAAUUUGGAGAUUUCUGCCUGCUCUAAAAAGUCGUAGACUAACAAAUACGACGGUAAAUUGUCUAACUUUGAUAGUAAAGGAGGGGUUCGAUGGUUGGUAUGUUACUCAGAACCUUCGUAGUUGAAUCAAAUUGAAAUAAGAUAAGGAUUGUUAAACCUAACUUUCACUUGGAAAGACUGGCCUUGAAGAAAUUGCCAACGCCUGAAAAUAAAAGAUGCUUUUUGUGAGCGUUUUUUGAACGGCCGAGCCCCCGUUUACGGACACCUGUGGUCCAAUAGGUAGAACAUGCUAAACACAUACGAACACUGUACUUUAAACUCUCCUAGGCAGACACCUAGCUUGAGCAAUACUUUCUGGACCUAUUGGGUUUGCAAAAUUAAAUGUGACGAUGUUCGUUUUAACGAAAGGACAAUGCCACUACUCACAUCUAAACACGCUGCGGGAUAUCAUUAUAAACUCUACCUGUACAAAUGCCCUUUUUGUUUGCCGCAGAUAGCCAACGUUUUGUUGCAUAAUAAGACGAAAUGGGACACCGGGACUGAGUUGCUUGAUGACAACAUGGAUGACCGUUUACAGGUUUCUGAACGGCGUCCAAUCCUUGUUGUCUGCUACACCAAUCAUGCCCUUGAUCAGUUUCUAGAAGGAAUCCACAAGUUUCAUCCCCAGGGUAUCGUUCGCAUUGGAGGGCGAAGCAAGAGCGAUAUCAUGAAGGAGUGUAGUUUGUCCGAGCGGAAGUUCAAGAUGCACAAGGUAAGAGUAGACUAUCACGUGGAGAAUGGCGUUUAGGCUGCACGGUUUUUCCCUUCUUGGGAGUAUUCUCUCGAACUUUCACCGCGUUUGUAAUCGACACCUGCCGACGAAACGUUGCCUCAAGCGAACAUCUUCGCACCAGCAAAUCAAAUGGUGAAAGAGCCACGCUUCCUCGUCACACCCACGGCUUGAUGAAAUCUAAUGAACCAAAGAACACACAGUCCACCACGAGUUAUGAAGCGAAAUUUGAAUUAUUCUUUACAUACAAAGCAGUAUUCAGUGGAGAAAUCUCUGUCAAUGACAAAGCAGAGAUACUUUUAAUUAAAUUAUACUUUGUUGCUUUUAAUUAUCUGUUCCCACACGUUCUUAGUGGAGGGCGUCUUUAAAAACAUGAGAACAACGCAAGAACGAAUAAAAAACGCCGCUCAUUAGCCUCCCUACGCAGUUGUAAAUAUUUUAGCGGUAAGGCCAACUAAGCGCAUGUCUUUUGCACAUAAAACCAAGUUUGUGUACUCAAAGCAAUUGGCGAAAAACGUAAUUCUUCACAACGAUUCUUUCCUUCGUUUGAGCCAGUGCCCCAUCUGCUAUCCCGCCUUAUAGUUUUAACGAUUUCUCUUUCCUUCUCUUCAAUCAGGACAAAUCAGCUCCCGUUCACAUAAGAAGAGCUUUUUACGAUGCUCACCAGGAAAUGGACCACACAACAGCAAAAUUGCAAUCAGCAGCAGAACAAUUACAGAGAUGCUUUGAAAACUUGCUUCAUGAAGAUGACCUUCAUCAACGUGCGUCAAGCAUGACUACUCUUCAGUACGAGUCCCUAAAAGAGCCCUUUGACGGAUUAGUUGCACGAAAGGACAGCGCUAUUCUGCAUUGGUUACAGCUAUCUUUCAGCUCGGCCAACCCAGGUAACAGAGGUUUUGCUUUGUUUGUUCGUUUUUUUUCUGGUGUUUUGAGGACAUCCUUACUUUUCUUUAGUUUGCUGAUAUAAGUUAAGAUCUGAGCCAAGCUUUGUGUUGCUAAUAAUAACACACCAGGUGGCUACAAUUCCCAAAAAAUACCUUUGUGGUCCCGGUGUGCUCCUAAAGCCCUUACCUCUCCGGGAAAACUCUGCAAUUAAGCAGAAACAUAUGCCUAUAGCUAGCAAAAGUAUGAGGGCAAGGUCAGGGCCAGAGUCCAUCUCCUUACCCCCAAAACUGCAACUAUCUUGGCUUACCUUAGUAUCGGUUCUUUUCGCUUUCCAGGGAUAGUUCAAAGGUCCCGCAAAGCACUAACUAACUAUAGCAGAAAACAAUGAUACGAAGCGACAGUCAAAACGUCGCAGUAUUCAUAGUCUAAGAGCUUUCCUUUAUCGCUACCUCACCUAAGAAGCCCCUGGGUUAAAAAGCCCUCUAUCACAAUUACGUUUGUCAGUGUAUCGGAGUUUGAUAAAGAACGAGUUCUCUUUUGUUGUUUGUUUGUCUUUUUAAUAUUUUUGAUACCUCGUUUAGCUGUAGAUGUUAGGACCAGCAUCCCCUUCGUGCCAUGCCGUGAAAUCAAAUAAGCAUUUUGAUGCUGUUUUUUGUUUAAUUAUCAGCAUCUGUACAGCCCGUAGCAGUGUUCCCUCUAAAUAGCCACUGUGGUGGACUGGAAAGAGUUUCGCGAGCCAAUCUAGCCACUUUGUCUGGUGUUGCAUGGGCCCCUGGGCUUGACGGGGUGCAAGGUGGAUCCUUUCAACUACGAGGAACUCCUGCUUCAUUCGUUGAAAUUCCAAAUCGAGCCGGAAGUGACUUGGACACUAGGACCUCAAUCACACUCCUGAUGCACGUGUUUCCGGUCGGAAACAGAGGUCCUAUCCUAUGCUUCCAUGAAGAUGGCCUAGGAGUCCAAAUUUGGCAAGAAGGCUUGGAAGAAGGGAAGGGUAUACUAACGGCUCGUUUUGUCUGCAGAGAUUUUUCCCAACCUCUCGCCCUUACCAAGGCAGUGUUGACCAUGAACGCUUGGAACUUUAUUGGUGCCUCUUAUGAUCACGAUUCUGGGAUUGCGAGUCUUUGGCAUGAUGGCAAUGCAGUGGAUGCGAAGUUUAUAGGCAGCAAAAUGGAAUUAGCAACUCAGUUUUCCAUCCGAAUCGGAGCCAUAGCUUCUGCUGGACCAGGUCAUUGCUUUCAAGGGAGGUUUCGCGAGCUUUAUAUUUUCAAUGAAUCCCUCGGAAGAGAAAUGGUCCGAACUGUUGGUGGAAUUGCUCAGGAAGGUAAUCGAGUAUGCCAUACACAGCCCUACAUAGCCAUACACAGCCCUAGCCAGUUCACAAAACUGUGCCUACUGUAGAAUCAUACCCUUUCGCUUAUUAAGUCACAACUAAGGUCAUGAACAGUAGUAGUUCUAACUCUCGCUAUUUGCGCUUCUCUAAAGGUGGCGCGGAAGCACAAGAUGGGGAUGAUGAAGGAGGCGAGGAAGAAGAGGAAGACGACACUGAGGAUCUGGAUGUGGUGUACGAGGCAGAUGUUAUGCAGGACCAAAGACUUCUGGACAAUGAUGACGUAAGAGUGUUUGGCACGAAAUCGGCGGGCCUGAAAGGAGAAAGGCUGAAGGUCGUGAAUCCUUUUGCUUUUGACGGAGGAUCUGACGACGGAUGGCAGGUUCAGAACGCUGCUCAGCUUAAGAAGAGGUUAAAGAGAACGAUCAUUCAACAGCUGAGCAAAAAGGAUUUCAUGCCAGAUGAAAGAGCAAAAAUGGUGAGAUAUUGGAAAAAAUGGAAACAAAACAAAGAAAACGCCCUAUUUAGUUCGCCUAAUUUUGGCUUCUCAAAAGGAUUGCGGAGCUUCAUUUUCAUGCAGUCAGAAUGUGCUGCUAGAUGGCUCACUUUUGAAGUAGUUCUUCUGUGCCUGCCCUUACGCUUUAGCUUUGUUUGCGUCAUGAGCGCAAAAUUAACUUUCAAACGACCAGCAUUGACUGAUGGCAAGAGAAACCCUUUGCAAAAAUAGCGCCGAUAUUUGAGUAAUAAAUAGAUCUAGCCAGGGCUAAAUCAAGCAAUAAACUUGUACUCCACAAAUCAGUUUACUUAAGGGCACAUUCAUGUGACUUCUUGAGGAAAGGGCUCAGUGAUUUUAGAGAAAAAUAAUUUGCAAAACAUUCCAAGGGUAAAACAAAUCUUACAUCGAGUUAAUAGCCUUAUAUGUCCAUCCAAAAAUGGAAAUAACCUUUGAUCACAUUUAAGAGCCAUAAUGGCUCUUGAUCACAGUAGAUUAGGCCUGGAAAACAAAUCAGGCCAAUUUUUUGCCUUCGGCAAGUUUACUUUACAAAAUCUUGCCAACAAUUCUGGUGGCGUGUAAACCAGCCUGUUAUACUUUUUAUACGUCACAGCUGAGGUGAAAUACAGUCGACUCCCGAUAACUUGAACCCUCGCUAACUCGAACCUCGCGCUAACUCGAACCAAUAUCGAUUUCCCCUGGAUUUCCGUCAUACUUUCACUGUAAUUUUACCCUCGAUAACUCGAACUCCCGCUAACUCGAACCAAUUUUCGUUUCCCCUCAGGUCAUUUUCUAUAUAAUUUUACCCUUGAUAACUCGAACCAUGUUUUGAGCCCUUAAAAAGUCGGGAAAAAAGCCGUCUACUGGCGUCCGAAACAUUGAAUUUUGGAUUUCCUAUUAAGGUGUUGUAGGAGUAUAGUUUACUAAUGGAGGCUGAUGUUGAUUGUCACAGGCUAACGUGAAGCAGCUUUACUUCUCAAAACAGUAAAACGCAUGCUCUGUUUAGGCUAUGUUUUGUUACGGUACGUUCUGAUUUAUAAUCUAAAAGUACCUUCUAAUUUUCACUUGACAUUUCUACAAUUAAAUGUGAUUAAAAUGUUCAAUGUGCAGGAAAAACUGUUUUUUUACCUUACUCUCGGCUAUUUUCUGCGAGCUCCCGAUAACUCGACCUUUUUUCGAUUUCCCUUGAAGGUUCGAGUUAUCGGGAGUCGACUGUCAUAUCAUGAGGCGCUGUUUUUAUCAUACAGACCUCAGACAGAAUGCAGUAUUUCACAAUUUUGCAAGACAAAUUGAACUCAUUCAAUAUUCAGGACGAUCGAAGCAAGCGUGGGCUUUUUGCGAGACCGUUCAAAAAAUGUCCAAAAUCACCUCUACAGCUAGCCGGUUCUCGGACUGGCCAAAUUUGCAGUGCGAGCCGUUGUGCUUGAAUGAACAUUAAUAGAGUUACGCUUAGAAUUUAUUAUAGAAUUAUAGAAUUUAUUAUGUUUAUUUUUUAUGUAAUGGUUCAUAACGAGGUGUAAUCUUAAAAAGUGUUUGAUACGCGCGGCAUUUUGAGUACUCCUGCAUACGAUGUUCAUGGACGACUAAAAACAAACGGCGCCGUGAUUAAAAUCGCAAAAGAGGCUAAUAAUCAAUAAAAGAAAUAUAAUUUAGUGAAACAUUUUCAGAGACAACAAUUUUCAUUCACGAACACAAGUAUUAAAGUGUCUCUAAAAAUCCCGAGUCUCUCAGCUUAAAGCUUAAGCUCAUGUUUUAAGCCGGCUUCCCGGUGUUUGCGUUUUUCAAAGAUGAACUCGAGGCAAGAAAACCGCUUCAAGCCUUCUCUUUACAGCAAAAAUUAUAACUAAAUACUCUUCGGAACGUUUUCUUCCUAUUUGCGGUGAGAAGAUGUCUAAAGGCUUUUUAAAUUUCUGUAAGCUUAUAUCAAACGUAAUACUAGGUUAGAUCAUUGUCUCAGAUCUUACAAACGUGCAUAUACUAGCGUAAGCCGCAUAAACUACGCUCGACUUCAUGAAAUUAGAUAAAGAAAAAACAAACAUCAAAUACAAUAAUUACUCAGGCUUGCCAUUCCGAAUGCUGGUCCUGAAAGCUAUCAAGUGAGGCCAGAAUCGCUCGAGACUUUUUAACCCUCUUACGCAUCAAGAACGGUGAAAAACGAAAACGAUAUCAUCCGAAAUCGGAUUUCCGACUUUGACAAGCGACGCAUUUCUCAACCAAAACCCAAUAAACAAGACAGUUAAAAACAUCACAGGUUGACACAAAACUCUGUAAGCUUUAGCUGUCAAAGUAAACAAGUUUCAAGAUGCUGCGCAAAUUUUUCCCAUGAACUCACCUGUCAAAUUUUGACCAAUCAGAGCACAAAAAUUGGACGUAGAGUGUGACCAACGCGUGACCAUGGUGAGAAAGUCGAAAGCAACUGUCUUUCCUGCCUGUAACAGCUCGCUGAAUUUUCGCGACUGAGGUCAAUUUAAAAUCAAAAUUUAAAUAGUGCGGCACAUAAGCACAACAAAUUUCAUAUGAAUUUAAAAAAUUAAACUUGAGCCUGCGAUCAUUUGAAAACUAGUAACUUGUCAGCGGAAAACUUUAAAAAGUAAUUAGACCUCGGAGGGUCGACACCUGAGCACGUGAUACGGUCAGGUGAUACUGGUCAGCGGAUACCCUGUUGCUGUCAAUUGAUCACAACAUUGAUGUGCAAUAUGAGUACAAUAUCAGUUUGUUUCUGUGCUCCCAAACUAGCUAGAAAGUGUGAGAUUAAACAUUGGUUUUCCAGUGGUGCGGACGGACGGUCAUUCAGUGUACGGUCACGUGCUUACCAAAUUUUCUCGGCUGGAUAGAUUGUCUUAGCUAUGGGGCUGCGCUCGCGCGCGCGUGGAGCUCCGCUAAAUAACUUACACAUUUUAAGGCUCUCGUUCAUGUUUCUAGACCAAGGAAUUUCCACAUGAGGGUAAGUUUUAGGAAAUAUGAGAAUUAUUAUUUAGUUUUGGCGACAUGUAUACAAAGAGUCCAUAUAGAGAUGACAGAAUGCAUAUGGAUUCGAUUCGCGCGAAUAUUAACGGGAAACUUCAAAAAAUCACUCGCCCAUUCGCUUCAGCUUUGUAAUAUGAAACUUCUUACUUUGAUUUAAUAUUUCUUUUAACACGCAAGUACGAAAUGUGUGGAGGUUAAGCGUCAACGAUCGCUGGAGUUUGUACCGACGUUGGCUUAAGGAUGUAAGCGAUGGGUACCGCCAAACUAUCUCGCUUUUCCAGGAACAAUUUGAAGCGGGUGCUAAGCGACUGAAGGACAUCAAAAACAUGGAAGACUUUGAGAUACUUAAGAAUGCCGAUGUCGUUGGCAUGACUACCACAGGUAUGUUUGAUUAGUAAUUCUGACAGCAUUUGACUUGCACAAUGACGAGAGGAAAGGACUGAAAAAAGGGGGUCUAAGUAAAAUAAGGGUACAGCAGUUUCUCAGUCCACCACGCGCGCUACCUCUACCACUGCCGUUUUACAAUAAGUGCCAUAGGAUUUUAGCGUAACCUAGCCACGGCUUGAUAACCAGACCAUCGAUCGUACUGAUUAUCAGGGAUUCGUUUCGGGCCAUUUUAUCAGCUGAAGACUUUUUCAAACCCUUUCAUGCGUUACUUUUUCAUGAUUUUCAUGUAGGCGCGGCAAAGUUCCGCAAGCUGCUGCAGAGACUGAAACCGCGAAUAACGAUUGUAGAGGAAGCCGCUGAGGUUCUCGAGUCGCACAUUGUUACUUCUCUGACUUCCGGAUGCCAGCACUUGAUUUUGAUUGGUGAUCACCAGCAACUCCGCCCUAAUCCCACUGUCUUUGAACUCGCUAAACACUACAGUUUGGACGUAUCCCUCUUUGAAAGAAUGGUGAAAACUGGAAUGCCUUUUGAGCGACUACGUCUACAGCACCGGAUGAGACCGGAAAUAUCCAAGAUGCUCGACCACAUUUACUUCAACCCAAAGUUGGAGAAUCACGAAUCAGUGCUGAAUUUUGAAAACAUCAAGGGCGUGAAUCGUAACAUUUUCUUUGUGGAUCAUGACGAGAGCGAGGUAGGUCUUAGUGUCAUAGAAUGCAAUACUGCCUUUAUGCGUAGCUGUCACUAUUAACAGUAUACUGCUAGCUAUGUGAAAAGGCAGAGUCUAAAGGGCACAAACAAAGCCACGAGGAGAAUGGUGAGAAGUUGGGUGAAAUUCUAUAAAACUCAAUUUGGUGAAUUAAGGAUUUAUCUCUACCAAUGUCUUACCCACCCAAAGUUGCGCUGUCAUUAACACCUGCAAUGCACAGCUGACUUACUGUAUUCAGGUGUAAGAAGUAUUUCAAUUGUUAGCAGGUAGGGUCACUAGUAACUGCUUAUAUUUCUCAGUAGUAUCCCAGAAAUCGAAUGUAAUGUAGUUUCGAGAUUCAAAUUUCACAUUCGUUACCGUAAUACAGUUUCGUCCCACAAACCUUUUGUACUGUCACACCUCCACUAUUAUCACGAAAUGUUCGUUUUCGGAAUUACAGGAAUAUCAGGAGGAGGGACGAAGCAGGUCAAAUGAACACGAGGCAAAGUUUGUGGCUGCUCUUUGUCGCUACUUAAUCCUUCAAGGUUAUGAAAGGGAAAAGAUUACAGUCCUAACAGCCUACACAGGACAAUUAAUCCAACUGAAGAAGGAGAUGCCUAAGGAUUUCUUUCGGGGAGUGCGAGUAUGUGCGGUGGACAAUUUCCAAGGAGAAGAAAACGACAUCAUCCUACUGUCACUUGUUCGAAGCAAUGAGGACGGAAAAAUCGGUUUUCUUCAGACUGACAAUCGGGUUUGUGUCGCACUGUCUCGGGCCAAGAAAGGUUUCUAUUGCAUUGGCAACAUCAGUCUUCUGAAAGAGAAGAGCGAUCUGUGGAGAAAGAUAAUGGACGACAUGGAAGAGCGCGGUAAUGUCGGAAACGCUUUGACACUCUCGUGUCAAAACCACCCACGGAACGUGAUUCAGGCGUCAUGUGCUGAUGACUUCAAGAAAGCACCCGAAGGGGGAUGUACAGUGCCUUGUGUUACCAGACUAGCGUGCGGUCACGUAUGUGAAAUGGUAUGUCAUCCAACAGACCCGGAGCAUAAGGAGUAUGAAUGUAAGAAGCCAUGCGAAAAAAUCAUAUGCACAAGAAAUCACAAGUGCCCUCGGCUGUGUUACCAAGACUGUGGACCAUGCAUAAAACCAGUGACAAAGAUCCUGCCCGGUUGUGGCCAUACUCAGAGUGUGCCUUGCUACAAGGAUCCAUCUGAAGUGAAAUGCACGUCACCUUGUCCUAAGUUUCUACCCGCAUGUGGGCAUCCUUGCCAAAACGUUUGCUCUGACGAGUGUACAGUGGAGUGUACCGCCAUUACACUGAAAACCUGGCCCUGUGGUCACGAAAACGAGACAGCGUGUCACGUGAAUCCUAUGCAGACUCCCUGUGAGGCACCCUGUGGAGAGACUUUGAAGUGUGAACACCCUUGUGUUGGUAAGUCUGGAAGCAAGUUCUUAAAGUAGAUCGAUUAACUCAUUUACCUAUUUCCUGCAACAAAAAGUAGGCAUCGACCAAAGAAGUUACAUUUAACCUUGACAAAUUGUGAUCUCUCGUCUCUCCCUUAAGCUGGUAGAAAGUUUGAUACUGACUCUCAGAGGCCAUCUCAGCAAUGUUUAAUUUCUCAUGUUUUAUUAUUAUUAUUAUUAUUAUUAUUAUUAUUAUUAUUGUUAAUGAUAUAUGAAAUAAAUCAUAUAUGAACUGCGGAAAUGAAAUGAAAAUGAAGAAAUGAUCGUCGCAGUGAACGCAAUUUAUGCAAUUGCGUAAAGAAGCCUGAAAAAAAAAUUCAGGACUUCAACGGAGUUUGAACCCGUGACCUCGCGAUACCGGUGCGAUGCUCUACCAACUAAGCUAUGAAGCUACUGACGCUGGGAGCAGGUCAAUUGUGGGUUCAUAUGUUCCCGUGAAAGAAAUGAGUGUUAAUGAUAUAUGAAAUAAAUCAGGCUUCAUUCAGGCUUCUUUACGCAAUUGCAUAAAUUGCGUUACUGCGACGAUCAUUUCUUCACUUUCAUUAUUAUUAUUAUUAUUAUUAUUAUUAUUAUUAUUAUUAUUAUUAUUAUUAUUAUUAUCAUUAUUAUUAUUAUUAUUAUUAUUAUUAUUAUUAUUUGUCUUUUCCACAUAUAUCAGGUAAUUGUGGUCUGUGUUUCCGCGGUCGAGUUCAUGUCCCUUGCAAGGCAUACUGCGGCCGUACCUUGUUCUGUGGUCAUAGCUGUUCUGAGCCUUGUACCAAAAACUGUCCCCCAUGCAAAGAACCCUGCGGCAACUCCUGUACGCACAGCAAGUGCCAGGAAACAUGUGGCGAGCCUUGUGAACCUUGCAACGAGAAAUGCAGUUGGCAAUGUCUGCAUCACCGAUGCACUAGAUUGUGUGGACAGCCAUGUAAUCGUCAGCGAUGUAACGAGCCCUGUAAAAAGCUUCUUACUUGCAAGCAUCCCUGUAUUGGUCUUUGCGGGGAAAUAUGUCCAAAGAAGUGCCGAGUGUGUCAUAAGGAUGAGGUCACCGAGAUUUUCUUCGGAACUGAAGACGACGAGGACGCAAGGUUUGUGGAACUGGCUGAUUGUGGUCAUGUGUUUGAAGUCGAGAUGAUGGACCAGUGGAUGGACCAGGCCGAGGCAGGGGAUGACGGUAAGGCUGUUAAUGUCCAGCUCAAACGCUGUCCCAAGUGCUCAACUCCUAUUCGUACCAGCUUGAGGUAUGGUAACAUUAUAAAGAAGAUUCUUGCUGACUUCGAGAAAAUAAAGCGAAAGAUUAUACUUGGAAAACAGCAGCGCGAGGAAGCGGUCAAUGGGCUAAUGUUGAAAGCACAGAGCAUUGAGGCAUUUCCAAAUGACAACGAGGAAAUUGUGAAGUCACUCCUUCGCACGAAUCUUACAGAUGAACAAGUAAAUGUGUUUGAGAACCAGAUCAGCCUGUUGUCGUUCCUCCAGGAAAUCAAGGUUAAGAUACACAAAGGCGAAAAAGCUGAGAGUGAGAGGGCGCAAGAAAGCUAUCACUCAUUGAGACUACUGCAGGAGACGAAAGAAGAACUAGACAGUCUAGUGGAAAAACUUCGAUUCCGUGUCAUGAGGACUCGGGCGCGGUUCAGUGACCAAGAGUUAGAGGAACUGAAAGAGGAGAUGUACAGAACACAGCUGGCUGUUGACUUAAAGAUUCUACACAUGCAGCUUGACAUCCGACGAAAGAAGUUGAAUGUCAUUGAUUCCGUACAAAUUGGCCAAAUACAGAGAGCCUUGGAUUAUGAGAAAGUGAUUGGUAAGGGCAUAUAUAAAGAAGGGCAGGAAGGUAGAGAACAACAAUGUUAUAGUAAAAAAGCAACGCAAAAUCGUAUUUUAAAAAAAUUGUUUAUACGAAACAGCUAGUAAAGUCCACCACUGCCUUAGUAGUUGCAGUUAGACCACGGGGAUGGUAUACAGUUGAGCAGUCUGAAAUCUUAUUUACAAGCUGCGGGGUUUAAAAAACGUUAUCUUAAGAGUGCUGUUAGGGGUUUGUAAACUGACGCAAGAGUAGAAGGGGCAUCGGGAGUAAGACGAACAGAAAGAGACUGUCACCAACUUAAGUUCAUGACAUUACCAAGAAAACUUUCGAGACUUUUAACAAGGUCAUCAAUUACUUGAAAAUAAUAACGGUCAUGUCAAGAUCAUAGGUCAUAGCUAUACUCAAAAUUUCGAACAAAUAACACCUGUUAAGCUGAAUAACUUAGCAAACAAGUUUCUAAUUAUAAUUAUUGGCGUCUUCCCUCACACGCGUUUAGGAAUCGUGAACGAUAGAUAUUAAAACUUUUUAAAUACUUUUAGAUCAAGAUACCCGAAAACGUUAUACGGCUCGCAUUGAGCGGAUCAGGGAAUCGUUUGGGCUUCAAGUGUUUUACCAGAAUGUCACUAGAGAAGAAAAGGACAUCAUUGUGAAGGCCAUGGGUUUAGCGCAAGGACACUGGUUCAAGUGUCCAAAGGGUGAGAAUUACUGUCAAUCUCCUCUAGUGCUUGUAAACAAAGUCUUUCCAUUGGAUUACAAAGGCCGACUCUAUCAGAUCAUCUUUCCAAUACACAAGUCCAUGAGGGCCAGCUUAAAACAUUCACAGUGCAACUUCUUAAACCUGGGCACUAGGAAGAAGAUUGUCCAAUCAAAACCGUUUUUGAAAACAAAGAUUCUCAAGUUUUUGGAAACGGAUCAAUAACAUUCAUGAAUUUGAGGGCUGUUUCCUGAGAGGUCGGGUAGGUUCAAACGGUUUUAAAGUUGAUGCUUGAAUUUUAAUGGUCCGUUUGCAAAAAAUUUGAGAAUCUUUUGUUUUCAAAAAAACCUUGUGAUUGGAUAAUCUUCUGCCAAGUGCACCGGUUCGAGUAGUCGCACUGUAACUCUCACACUUCCCUAAAAUAGGGUCGACACCCGCCAAACUACCCCCUUCCUUCCUCUCAAUUUCUUUAAUCGAGUAAGGUUAUCAUAAGAGAAGAAUCUUUCCUUUCUCGCUUUUAGAAUUGUUGAAAAUUUAACUACACCGGACACAAUUAAGGAGAGCGUCAUUAGGACAAGAUAAUACUAUUACAAGAUACUAAUAAUAAAAACGAAUACUUAUAUAUCGAUACCUACUACAUAACAAUAAGGUGUCGACAAAACAAACGAACGGUGUCAAACGAAACCUCGAAACAUAAAUUUUCAAGUUUACACGGAUGUUUCAGAAUUUUCCACAUGAAAUUUAAACUAAAAAAAGGCUCAGUUCUUCAAAAUUAAACCUUAGCAAAGACCCCUCAACCCGGCCUCUGUCCUUCCUACCAGCCAGCCCACACCUCCGCUUUUAACAUCGAUCCCCUUACUUAGUCCUAAAGUAAACCUAGUGCCCAGUUUGAAUGACUGUCGCCUGGAUCUGCUUUUCUCACCCCAUUAUAGGACACAUUUACUGCAUCACAGAGUGUGGUGGUGCGAUGGAGGAGGGUCGCUGUCCAGAAUGUGGCUCAACGAUUGGUGGUCAUAAUCAUCGCCUAAGACACGAUAAUCAGUUAGCACGUGACAUGGAUGGAGCUCGUUACGCGGCCUUUUCUGACAUGGCAAAUAUCAACAACUUUGAUCCACGUGACUUUGAUAUAUAGUUUUUUAAUUUUCGCGUUGAUCUUUUCUUUGCCAUAAAUCUUGAAGCUAUUAAAAAUUGCCUUGAAGUAGGUGAACGCAGACAGUUCACUUACGCAGCUCUCCUUUGAACAGUCAAACUUUAUAAUAGCUGCAAAUAAAAAUUGCAUCCAGGUAGUUUUCAAAAGUUGAAGGUACUGUAGGUAUUGCUUGAUGCUAGGUAUUUUCUAUCUGA